CAAUGCGCGAGGAGCCCAACAGUUCCAAACUGUCUUCUGCUGUGUGGCAGAGAGCAACUUCUCAGCAGACUGGGGUGUGGCGGCUUUGAAAACGCUGAAAGAAAUCAGAGACCGCUCAGCGUUAGCUGCCUAACGGCGCAUAUUAUUCAAAACCCUCGGCGAUCAGUGGACGGACUAACCGGGGAUUUUUGCAUUUUCUGAUUCAUACAGUUUCUCGUCGCCGAUUGUCUCAUCGUUCGGUUUGCUUUUUUACUCAAUAUCUGAGCACGAGGGGUUGAUAUCGACUUUUUUUUCUUUCUUUUUUUGGGAAACUUUGGCUUUGUGGAUAUAAGUUUUUUCCUUCCCUGUCCGCGUGAUGUAAAAACUCCAGCGUCUGGCUGCUUGGCUUCUCUUGGGAGCCUCAAACGUCAACAGAUUCCAGGUGGUGUUCUAAUCUCAGUAUCUCAAAUAUAUAAAUUCAUAUUUUUCCCCAAUCCCGAAACGUGUUUUGAAAUAUUUUUUUCGGACGUACAAAACAUCAGUUUUGGAUCUACUAGUCUCUUAAGGACAUUUCCCAUCCUUGGACUUGCGACAGUCAUUUUUUUCAAAGCCUAAAGAGGAAGUUAGUCACGGAAGACAAUUAAAAAAAAACUCCAGUCGCUUUAAAAGGUUAAUACCUUUUAUUUUUUUUUCUCCUAAAUCUAUACUCAUAAAUCCGUCGCCCUGAAGCGCGCAUUCGGAACCAUGGGCUGCACCGUGAGCCAGGAAGAUAAAGCCGCGGCCGAGCGAUCUAAAAUGAUUGACAGGAAUCUGCGCGAGGACGGCGAGAAAGCCGCCAAAGAAGUGAAACUACUGCUAUUGGGCGCUGGAGAAUCGGGGAAGAGCACCAUCGUAAAACAGAUGAAGAUUAUCCAUGAGGAUGGCUACUCAGAGGAAGAGUGCAAGCAGUAUCGAGCGGUGGUCUACAGUAACACCAUCCAGUCCAUCAUGGCCAUCAUUAAAGCCAUGAGCAACCUCAAGAUCGAAUAUGAGGACAGUGCCAGAGCGGAUGAUGCACGUCAGUUGUUUGCCCUGGCCGGGGCGGCAGAGGAACAGGGCAACCUGCCAGACGAUCUGGCCAAUGUCGUCACCAGACUGUGGGCUGAUGGAGGGGUACAGAGCUGCUUCACCCGCGCCAGAGAGUACCAGCUCAACGACUCCGCUGCAUAUUAUCUGAAUGACAUGGAGAGGAUAGCCAAAGCAGACUACAUCCCAACCCAGCAGGACGUGCUGAGGACCAGAGUGAAGACCACUGGCAUCGUAGAGACACAUUUCACCUUCAAAGACCUGCAUUUCAAGAUGUUUGAUGUCGGCGGUCAACGUUCAGAGAGAAAGAAGUGGAUCCACUGUUUUGAAGGGGUGACGGCCAUUAUCUUCUGUGUGGCCAUGAGCGCGUAUGACCUGGUGCUGGCUGAGGACGAAGAAAUGAAUCGAAUGCACGAGAGUAUGAAACUCUUCGACAGCAUCUGCAACAACAAGUGGUUCACCGAGACCUCCAUCAUCCUGUUCCUCAACAAGAAGGAUCUGUUUGAGCAGAAGAUCACACACAGCCCCUUGACCAUCUGCUUCCCUGAGUACGCAGGUGCCAACAACUACGACGAGGCCGCCGAGUACAUCCGCACCAAGUUUGAGGACCUGAACAAGAAGAAAGAAACUAAGGAGAUUUAUCCUCACUUCACCUGUGCCACGGACACGAAGAACGUGCAGUUCGUUUUCGACGCUGUCACCGACGUCAUCAUCAAAAACAACCUGAAGGAUUGUGGGCUCUUCUAGAGCACGAAAACAGGAAGAUGAGUCGAGAUUACUUGAACAGUUUUGAUGACCAGAGGAAGUAGGGGUGUAAUAUGUCCUGAGCAUCUGCACUGGCCAACCACGACGACUGAUAGCUCAGAGGAGCCCAACACAAUUUCAACAGUUGCCAACGACCUUAGCCUCUGUUCUCCCUCCCUCUCGACACUGUCCCAGCAUUGUGUUUGACAUUUAAUAUCUGUAUUAUUAACUCCUUGGGCUAUGACCACAAA